AGGCAAGUAGAGCCGGCCCAACCCUUUACAAGAAUAUGUAGAAGUUAAGGGGCAUACAAUCCUCCACCUCUCUCUCUAUAUAUAGUGACGUUACUAGGUACAAUGCACAUCAUUUUUGCGUUACAGGGAGUAAAAAAAGCAUGGCGAGAUUGAGAGUUGAUGUAUCUUGCAACGUUAGAUUUAAGCGGCCAACUACUUCUUCCCUCGAAGAAUCGUAUAGUCAAUCACAAACUCCUGGAAGUGGUCUGGGUAGAGGAGGUCGUGGUGGCAACAGUGCUGGCGGAGCUGGUGCUAAUAACCGAAAGUUGACAACUAAUGAUGCGUUGUCGUUUUUAAAGGAAGUUAAGGACACGUUUCAAAGCCAAAAGCAUAAGUAUAGCAUAUUCCUUGAUGUUAUGAUAGACUUCAAGGCUAACAGGAUUGAUACUAUUGGUGUCAUAGCAAGAGUGAAAGUCUUGUUUAAAGGGCAUCCUAGGUUGAUCCUUGGAUUCAACGCUUUCUUGCCCAAUGGUUAUGAAAUAACCCUCAGUGAUGAAGAUGAGGCUCCAAAGAAAACAAUUGAGUUUGAUGAAGUUAUCAGCUUUGUGAACAAAAUACAGGCACGUUUCCAAAAUAAUGAUCAUGUCUACAAAUCCUUCCUAGACCUUUUGAACAUGCAUAGGAAGGCGCGCAAGGGAAUCAAUGAGGUGUACCAUGAGGUUGCUGUACUUUUCAAUGACCAUCCAGAUUUACUAGACGAGUUCACUAGAUUCUUGCCAAGUACUUCAGGAACUGCCAAUUCGUUGAUGAAGUUGCAUAAGAAAGAAGAUAGGGACAGGAGAACUCAUGAUAAUGAGAACAAAGGAGAUCUAAGCAAGCAGCAUGAUAAAAUGAAAUAUCUUCUGGAGAUUGAAGAUGCCCUGAAAUAUACAUAUAGCAAAGGGUUCCUUUUUUGUGAAGAGGUAAAGGGAAGACUGCAAAGUCUAGCUGAUUAUCAGACAUUUGUAAAAUGCCUCCGUAUUUACAGCAGAGAAAUAAUUACAAGGGAGCAGUUACAAAGUUUGGUUGCUCAUACACUUGGAAAAUAUCCUGAUCUUAUGGAGGGUUUCAAUAAAUUUAUAGAGCAUUAUGGCCGAGCUGUUGGAUAUCUUGUAGGUGAAAUGACUAAGUUGAAUGAUGGCCAUACUAAUUCCAAGUUAGUAAAGGAAGAAAAGAAGUGUAAAACUGAUCAGUUUGAAGAAGCUGUCCGCUUUGUGGAGAAAGUAAAGGAACGUUUCCGAAACAAUGAUUAAGUGUACAUAUCCUUCCUAGACAUUUUGAAGAUGUACAGGGAGGAACAUAAGAACAGCUAUGAAGUCUACCAUGAGGUUGCCGUACUUUUCAAUGAUCACCAAGAUUUGCUUGAUGAAUUCAAUAAAUUCUUGCUAGAUUCUUCAACUAAUUUCAAGCUUAGGAAACCCAUUGAUGAGUUAACCAUCCUCUUUGGUUCCUUAUAAUAUUGUUAUUGCCUUGACUAGAGCUUUGCUAGUGAGUUCUUUGGAAGAUUGGUUGGUUGCUUGGAAUUGUUUUCCUAUUUUUAAUGAAUAGAGAUUUGGUAUUAUUAGACAAUAAAUAUUAGUAUUAUAUGAUUUCUUGAAUGAUAUCGUCUUCCCUUCAAGCAAAUCUAGAAAAAAUUCAUUAAUCCUUUGCUUCUUCUUUAUAUUAUAUAUUGUAAUAAGAGAAUAACUUCAGUCAUUAUUGUUUAUAGACAUGGAAAGAGAUGUAAUUGAAGGAUUAACCUGUGCUUCCAUACCUGGUGUGACCAAGAGUAAAAUAGCUUUGGUACCCCCCCUCCCCCCAA